UUCUUCUGCCCUCACUCCUCUCACCAACACUCUUUUCCACUCCACCGACGGAGCCAACUAACGCCCUCUCCUCUUCGUUUCAUUUCCAUGACUGCCUUUGUUUAAUUAGGCUGCUGUCUCGCCGCUCUUAUUACGACUAGUUAGUUAACGCUGCUACUCAUUGCCUUCUUUUCUUGGCCACAUCAAGCAGAGAGCACGCCAGGCCAUUGCUGCAGCUCUCGCAGGCUGUAGCAGCAGCACCAGGCAAAUCAGAAAUCAGGCAAGAUGCCGCACGCCAAGACGGAUUCGGAGGUGACGAGCCUGGCGCCGUCCUCGCCGCCGCGCUCCCCGCCGCGCACGCGCCCCGUCUACUACGUGCAGAGCCCCUCCAGGGACUCGCACGACGGCGAGAAGACGGCCACCUCCGUCCACUCCACGCCGGCGCUCAGCCCCAUGGCGUCGCCGCGCCACUCCCACUCCUCCGUCGGCAGGGACUCCUCCUCCAGCCGAUUCUCGGGCCACCCCAAGCGCGGCCACCACAAGGGGGACAAAUCGUCGGCGGGGCGCAAGGGCGCGCCGCCGGGCAAGGGAUGGCAGGAGAUCGGGGUCAUCGAGGAGGAGGGGCUCCUGGACGACGAGGAGCACACCAGGAUCGUGCCCAAGAAGUGCUACUACUUCCUCGUCUUCGUUCUCGGAUUCGUCGCGCUCUUCUCCUUCUUCGCGCUCGUGCUCUGGGGGGCAAGCAGAUCCCAGAAGCCGCAGAUCGUCAUGAAGAGCAUCAAGUUCGAGAACUUCAUCAUCCAGGCCGGCACCGACGCGUCGCUGGUGCCCACCGACAUGGCCACCACCAACGCCACCGUCAAGUUCACCUACCGCAACAAGGGCACCUUCUUCGGCAUCCACGUCACGGCAGACCCAUUCCAGCUCGCCUACAGUCAGCUCACGCUAGCAAACGGAGACCUCAAGAAGUUCUACCAGGCUCGCAGCAGCCGCCGGACCGUGAGCGUCGCCGUGCUGGGCAACAAGGUGCCGCUGUACGGCGGGGGCCCGACGCUGAUGGCGGCGCCGGCGGCCGGCGGCGGGAAGCAGGCGGCGAGCAGCAGCAGCGUGGCGCCGGUGCCCAUGGUGCUCCGGACGACGCUGCACUCGCGGGCCUACGUGCUGGGCGCGCUGGUGAAGCCCAAGUUCACCAUGGCCGUGGAGUGCAGGGUGGUCAUGAACCCCAGCAAGCUCAACAAGAUCAUCUCCCUGGAGAAGGCCUGCCACUACUCCUAAAAAUUUCUUCUUAAUUAUCCUAUCUUUCUUCUGAAUAUAUACACACUACUGUAUUUAUAUUAUCUCCAUUCAUCAUCAUCAUCAGCUGAAACAGAUCUUCUUCUUCUUCUUCUUCUUCUAAAUGUAAUAUUAUUCUCUUUUUUUGUGUGAAUUCUUUCUUUUCUGUUUUCUCUUCAAUUCUGUGUAUUUUUUCUUUUUUUUUGCCCACCAAUCAUAUAUGGCUGCUGUAAGAGUAACUAAGACAGACAGAUCAUUCAUUCUAGUUGAGUAUACCGACCGAUCGAUCAUGUUUCUUUUU